CCGAACAGAUCAGCAGCGGCCAUCUUACUCCAAGACUAACAACUUCAGUUCCAGCGGAGAAGAAAUAUAAACAGUUACGUAAACUUAGGUGUUCUGUAGAAAAUACGGGUUUAACGGAGCAACAUACGUAGCACAGCAAAGGAACUGGGUUGAUCACCAUGGCCUAGUGUCUGUUAACAAACAAAGCCAUCCCCCAACCAGGAGCUGUUCUCUCUCCUCCCCUUUUUGAACGCCACGCUGACAAGGUCGUCCUGUUCCUGUGAUCGCCGGGGAGACCCCUGACUCCUUCCCCCAAGGAGAGAUGGAGCCCCAGGGGCUGCUGGAGGCGGAGGCAGAAGCCGGCAUGCUGGGACUGCUGGUUCCCAGCCCGCAGAGCGAGGCUGUCACCCACGAGAUGGAGGAGCUCUCUCUGCAGCCCAGCCAGAAUCUGCCCCCCCUCAACGAGCGCAAGAACGUACUUCAGCUGAGACUGCAGCAGAGACGUACACGGGAGCAGCUGGUGGACCAGGGCAUCAUGCCUCCUCUGAAGAGCCCCGCGGCCUUUCACGAGCAGAUCCGCAGCCUGGAGAGAGCCCGGACUGAGAAUUUCCUCAAGCACAAGAUCCGCAGCCGUCCAGAGCGCUCCGAGCUGGUCCGAAUGCACAUCCUGCAAGAGACCCUGGCGGAGCCCUCUCUGCAGGCCACACAGCUGAAGCUGAAGAGAGCUCGGCUGGCCGAUGACCUCAACGAGAAGAUUGCCCAGCGGCCAGGGCCCAUGGAACUGGUCGAGAAGAACAUCCUGCCUGUGGACUCGAGUGUCAAGGAGGCCAUCAUUGAUCCCGCAGUCGGUCAGGUGAACUACCCCAAGACACUGGACGUAUACACAUUCGACGAGGACAGCAGUGACGCCUUCUCCCCCGAGCAGCCAGCGAGCCAGGAGUCUCAGGGCUCAGCCGCAUCUCCAGGGGAGCCCAAGCUGACCGAUUCCUCCUCCCCGCUACCAAACUCCACUCUGCAGCAGUACUACCCUCUCAUCUCCCAACCUACCCAAGACUUCCUCAAGCCUGUGUCCACCAAUGAGCAGCCAGUCAAUCGUCAGGCGCCCACCUCUCAGCCAAUCACUACGACCGCUCCUUCAAAGCCAGGGCCCACCCUUGUGAAGCAAAGCCAGCCCAAGCUGCCCAGCGAUAAGAGCCGCAGUAAGAAGGGCAAAGAGGCCAAGCCGCGGGUGAAGAAGCUCAAGUACCACCAGUACAUCCCCCCGGACCAGAAGCAGGAGCCCAACGAGGCACCCAUGGACUCCUCCUACGCUCGGCUCCUGCAGCAGCAGCAGCUCUUCCUGCAGCUCCAGAUCCUCAGCCAGCAGCAGCAGCAGCACUACAACUAUCAGGCCAUCCUGCCCGCACCCCUGAAGCCGGUCGCUGAGGGGCAAAGUAACGCUGCCAAUGUGGCACUUAACAGCAACAGCACUCUGCCCACGUCCAUUGUGGUGUCCCUCCCCACAGCUGCCCCGGUGCGGCCCAACAACACACUGACCAACCGCAAGCCGGGUCCCCUACCUGCCAACCUGGAAGAAAUGAAGGUGGCGGAGCUCAAAAUGGAGCUGAAGUUGCGGGGGCUUCCUGUGUCCGGAACCAAGACGGACCUUAUCGAGCGACUCAGGCCUUACCAGGAGAGCGCCAGCACACCCCCUGCCAGCUCCGCUGUCAGCACCAUGCCCUCUGUCAGCCUGCCCACAGUUGCCAUGGAGGUGACUGCCUCGCCAGCAGUUCAGCAGCUCCCGUCUGUCCAGCAGGGGGUAGCAGAGAGCAUGAACUCGACGCCCCCUGUGUCCCCGGUGCCCUCGGAGCUCUCUAACUUAAGCUCGGAGGAGGUGGCGGCAGUGGGGGACUGCCGCGGUGAGGCCGCCGGCGCAGCUCCCUCCUCUCGGCAGCUUGCGGGAGUAUCGCCACACAGAAUGGUCCCCGAGGAGAAGGACAGGCGCCUGCAUGAGAAGGAGCGGCAGAUCGAGGAGCUGAUGCGUAAGCUGGAGCAGGAGCAGAGGCUGGUGGAGGAGCUGAAGAUGCAGCUGGAGGUGGAGAAGAGGAGUCAGCAAGGAGGCCAGCCUCCAGAGCCGAGCCCUCCUGCCCUCGCCCCCGUCCAAGCCCCUGCCCCCGCCCCUAUAAAGGAGGAAAAGAGGGUCUCCCCAAACUGCUCAGCUACCUGGGCCCCCCUCACCCAGUCUGCUGUGAUCAAACAGGAAGAAGGUCUGUCCAAUGCUCAGCCAGCCCAGCUCCCCACCGCCCACCUGCCUCAGUUCUUCAUCAGCUCGCAGCAGGUUCCCCAGGUCCUUGGCCAGCCCCAGACCCUGCUGACCGCCCAGCCUGGCACCCAGAUCCUGCUGCCCGUCUCCAUCCCCACCACCGCCGCCACCAUCCAGCUGCCCACCGCUACUGUCACCCUGCAGAAGCAACCAGUCCUCCAAGCCGCUGUGUCGGCACAGCCCCAAGGCCUCAUUCAGGCCGCUGUUCCCCAGCAACCCCAGAAGGCAGACGCUUCUCCAUCUCAGGAGCUGACCAGUCAGAACCACCACAUGGCAAAGACCUUCCCAGCAUGCACCACGCCGAAUACUGGAUUCCAGUACAGCCCCAGCCAGAACCAGGCAGGGACAGAGAUUCCCCAGUGUUUCCUGAAUAGCUCUCCAGAAAACAGGCCCCCUCUGAGGGCUUCCCCUAGCAAUUCACUUCCCAAUGGACCCAAGAACAAGCCCCCCUCCCCUUCCCAGCCUACCUUUAUUAUCCAGCCAUCCACAUUCACCAGCCACGCCCCUAAGGGCAAGGACCCGCCCCGCUACGAGGAGGCUGUGAAACAGACCCGCAGCCUGCAGGCACCUUCUCUCACACAGGUUCCCACAGCAACCAGCCAGCAGAUGGACGACUUAUUUGACAUUCUAAUUGAGAGCGGAGAGAUCUCCCCCUUCAUCCGCCAGGACACGCCCUCCUCAGCCAAGAUGCUUCCCGUGACAGCCAGCAUCACCACUCUGCCCGUCAACACGGUGCUGUCUCGGCCCCCUCCGCAGGUGCAGGUGGCGCCCCCGCCCUGCCUGACCCUCGACCCCACGCCCAGCCUGGCUACCCUGGCCUCCGACAACCAGCUGGAGGCCUUCCUGGAGGGCACGCUGUCGGCCGACCCGGAGCCCCGGACGCUGGGCCUGAUGGAGGAGCUGCACUGCCAGCUCCUGGACCAGCCCCACUCGCCCAUGGACACGUCGGAUCUGUCGUUCAGCGACCCCGCUCCCACGUCCUCCUUCGACCUGCACGACGCCGCCCUGGACAACAUGGAGUGGCUGGACCUCACCAUGCCCGGCCCCGCGGGGGGGCUCAAUCCAUUGGGCAUAUCGUCAGACUUCCUGGACACCCACGACCUACACUGGGACUGAAGGACGCGGGGGGUGGGGGGGGGGCGGUGCAGGCUUUGCCGACUCAGCCAGCCUGAGUCGCACUGCUGGAUCCCUGCACGAAAGCCGUACCUACUCGUACCUCUCCCGGUGGGGCCCCCAGGCCUCCGCCUCCUGAAGGAAGGGGAUGGCUGUAGAUAGGAAGCCCUGGCAGCUGCCUGAGGGAAGGUGGGGGGGACAUGUGUGGACCUGCGGUGGGACGAGGCAGGGGAGUCUCUGCUGUCCCAUCAACAGCACAUCCUCUGUCCGCAGGCUCCCGAAAAGACCCCACCCAGAGCCUGAUUGAGAACGUUGCGGAGUGGAGUUUUGGGUUUCUGUUCACUUCUUUUUCUCCAUCAGAAUGCCCAUAAUCGUUCAGAUAGAUCUCUCACUGUCGUUUGCAAAGAAGGGGGUCCUGAGAAGGGGUUAUGGCUGUACUUCUCUUGCUUUUUUUUUCAGUGGUGCCAAACGGAACUGGGCAGGCUGUCAAACAGAUGGUAUCUCUCUCCAUCCUCCUUUUUUUUCUUUCUUUCUUUAUUUUUGGCCACAACCA